AUGCAGGUGCGCUUGGAUUAUGGUGCGACGGAAAAGGUUGGUGGGGAAGAUCGGCUUCGGGACACGUGAAGCAUCGUGCGCGGGGUCGUCGAUGCUCCUAACCGCUCGUUGUGAGAAGAGCGUCCUUUUCUAAUACUCCGACUUGUAUGGUUUGUAGUACUGUGCUGUUUGAAGAUGUCCGAGGCGUUGAUGCCAGGUGUCGUCGGGAGCGCGAUGGCCGGGUGAGCGCUGGUACAUGUCGGUGUUGGAGAAGAACGCGACGACCGUGGCUGGACUGCGGCAGGCUCCUCGGGUGAUGGGCAUGAGUUGAUCCACUUCGGAUGGCGGUCCUCGGAUUGCUGGUGAUGGCACACGGCUAGGUCCUGCCACUGCUACUGCAUGUGAUGUCGGGUGAGUGACGCUUGUUGGUACUUGUAGUUCUUGUCGGAUGACUGCUAGUGCUCGUGUUCUUUCUGCUGCAGGGAUGGUGUUGGAGUACCAGAAUCCGUCUGGAGUAAAAUCGGGGUCAAGAUCUGGCGGAUGCGUCCAGGCGGCGAAUGACACGAUGCUGUCGCUGUCGGCAGUUCCACGGUCAGGGACGAAGUCCAACACGAAGACGCCCGACUUCAGGAGAGCGCGACCGAUGAAGAGGCCGCCUUUCCCAUGGUUCUCGUUGUUGGCGACGGUGAUGAUGACAUCGCGGUUGAGGCAUCGCUCCCGUUGCACGAAAAGCCCGGAAGAACACAUGUGUUGGCCGCAGCAACUGUCCAAGAACCAAGUGUUUCGCCCAGUGGGUUCAGCGUUGGCAACUGCAGCAUACGUGGGGUUGACUUGAAGACCUUGUGUAGAGGAGCGGCUUGGCGGAUUCUCUUGAGUGGAGGCGACUUGCGGAUCUGCUGGACGAUAAACUCGAGGGCGCGUGCAGUUAACCUUGGAAUGUCCCAAUGUCUGACAAUUGUGGCAGAACGGCGGCACGACGGUCCAUCUCCUGUUGUUCAGCAUGAAGCUCGGCGCAAAGGUGCAUCUCGAAAAUUCGUCCAUGGGCGCGAAGAAGCGAGCAGGUGGUUCUCCAUUCUGGCCCGAGCCCGGUUUCGCAGGAGAACUGUGUACGCCAGCAGCGACUAAUAAGUGAAGAUUUCCUGCUCCUUUGCAGUGCCAUUGCUUGGAAAUGGCAGGGAUAGGUUGAAGUAUCCCAAGAGGUGCGCGGCCUCCAUCAGCAGCUCGAACUCGAAACUCCAGCUGCUCUCGGUUGAGGACGGGGCGGCAUGAACUCAAACGUCCCCGGUGAAGAGUGAUAAGGCGUUAAGGUGUCCUUGUCUGCUGCUGCUGGUCAAAGUGCGACAUGAAGCUGAAGAACCUUUCCAUGAGGUUUGGGUCCACGCUUGAAGAAGGUGAAGGGGACACCAUUUCUGGUACCCUUCGUGUUGUUUCUUGAGCAGCGCCGGUCUCAGUAUGUAAUCCUGAAGUGUGUAGUCCAGAGUUGCCGGGUUGAGUGUCUUGGGCGCUGGGUGAGCCCGUAGAGGACUUCUUGCCCUUGUUGUCCAUGACUUGUAAUCGAUGAAUCUCUUGAUGUGCUUGACUGUAGAUAGAGUGUUGUUGCUGGGAGUUUGGUCUCUGACCAGCUCUCAUACCAUGUUGGGCUAAGAAAAGCCCUUAGGAUCUUUCAGAGAUUAAGUCCCACUUGUACAAG